AUGGCCAAGCUAAAUAUCCCCUCGCCAACAUAUUUCAAACCAGCACCUUGCGAAAUACAGUACGGCAAAAUGCGAUUCUUGAUCACAGAUCAGCCAUCUGAUCUAACAAUUAAUAACUUUUUGGAGGAACUUGGAAAGCAUAAUGCACGGGCUGUCGUGAGGGUUUGUGAGCCAUCUUAUGAAAUAACUCCGCUUGUGUCUCAUGGGAUUGAUGUUCUUGACUGGGAAUUUCUUGACGGAAAUCCGCCUCCUAAAGAGGUCAUUGAUAAGUUCUUAACGUUGGCUAAAGAGAUCUUCAAGCAUUACCCCAACCAGUGUAUUGCCGUACACUGUGUUGCAGGUUUAGGGAGGGCACCAGUUUUAGUUGCAAUUGCGCUGAUGGAAGCAGGCAUGAGUUAUGAAGAAGCAGUAGAUUUAAUAAGACGGCAUAGGCGAGGAGCAUUAAAUCAAAAGCAGCUCAAUUUUUUGCAAGGGUACAAACCAAGUGGGCAGCUCAGGAAGUUAAGGUAUGCCGUAGAUGGUAAACACGCUAAAGGGUGCUGCAUACUGUGA